AAAAAAAAAAAAAAGGGAAGAUCGGUGGAAGCGCUCGAAAUAGGGCGUGAGAGAUCGAUGUAUUUAAUUGCCUCUCCUUCCCUGAUUUCUUACUUGUUAUUUCCCUCCUCGGCACUUCGGCGUUCGUCUUCUCCGCUCCUCUGCUCUCAGCAAUCUAUCUUAUUUUUAAUUUUGUCAAUUCUCUCUCUCUCUCUCUCUCAUCGACUCCAUUUGCGGCCUGCUCGACUGAACUUGGGCUAAAGGAGGUCUUUUGAGUGGAACGCGGCAGGAGUGGAGCAGAGAGGAGUGGGUGAGAGAUGAAGUACGUGUUGGUGACGGGGGGAGUGGUGAGUGGGUUAGGGAAGGGGGUGACAGCGAGCAGCAUUGGGGUCGUGCUCAAAGCCUGCGGCCUCCGAGUUACCUCUAUUAAGAUUGAUCCAUACCUCAAUACUGAUGCUGGAACGAUGUCCCCUUUUGAACAUGGAGAAGUUUUUGUUUUAGAUGAUGGUGGGGAGGUGGAUUUGGAUCUUGGUAAUUAUGAACGAUUCCUAGACAUCAAACUAACACGUGACAAUAACAUUACCACAGGAAAAAUUUACCAGUUUGUCAUUGAUAAGGAGAGAAGGGGCGAUUAUUUGGGGAAAACUGUUCAGGUUGUUCCACACAUAACGGAUGCAAUACAAGAGUGGAUUGAACGGGUAGCACUUAUUCCUGUUGAUGGAAGAGAAGGGCCUGCUGACGUGUGUGUUAUAGAACUUGGUGGAACCAUAGGAGAUAUUGAAUCCAUGCCCUUUAUUGAAGCUCUUGGUCAGUUUUCUUAUCGUGUAGGCCCUGGUAACUUUUGCCUUAUCCAUGUCAGUCUUGUGCCAGUUCUAAAUGUAGUUGGUGAACAGAAAACUAAACCAACACAACAUAGUGUUCGGGGACUAAGAGGACUUGGAUUGACUCCCAAUAUUCUUGCUUGCCGCAGUGCAUUGCCUCUGGAUGACAAUGUGAAAGCAAAGCUUUCACAAUUUUGCCAUGUUCCGCUUGCAAAUAUUGUUACUCUUUAUGAUGUCCCAAACAUUUGGCAUAUACCAUUACUUCUAAGGGAUCAAAAGGCUCAUAAUGCUAUCUUGAGAGCUCUGAACCUCCAAGGCAAACUUCGAGAGCCCAUGCUAGAGGAUUGGACUAAAAUGGUUAAAAUCUGCGACAGUUUACAUGAUCCAGUUAGGAUUGCAAUGGUUGGAAAAUAUACUGGUCUUUCUGACUCAUACCUCUCUGUAUUAAAGGCCCUCCUGCACGCUUCUGUUUUAUGCCGAAGGAAACUCGUUGUUGAUUGGGUUACUUCUACUGACCUUGAAGACACAACUGCUCAGGAGGCGCCAGAUGUUCAUGAAGCAGCAUGGAAUCUAUUGAAAGAUGCAGAUGGAGUGCUAGUUCCUGGAGGUUUUGGUGAUAGAGGUGUCCAAGGAAAAAUUCUCGCAGCAAAAUAUGCUCGAGAAAAUAAUAAACCCUAUCUCGGCAUUUGUCUUGGCAUGCAAAUUGCAGUGAUUGAAUUUGCGCAAAAUGUCUUGAAUUUACAAGAUGCUAAUAGCACGGAAUUUGAUCCUAACACAAAGAACCCUUGUGUGAUAUUUAUGCCAGAGGGUUCCAAAACACAUAUGGGAGGGACAAUGAGACUUGGGUCUAGGAGAACUUACUUCAGUGUUAAAGAUUGCAAAUCUGCCAAGCUAUAUGGAAAUGUGGCAUAUGUGGAUGAAAGGCAUAGGCAUAGAUAUGAGGUAAAUCCUGAUUUGGUAGCGAAACUUGAAAGAUGUGGUAUUGCUUUUGUUGGCAAGGAUGAAAGUGGUAGACGUAUGGAGAUUGUUGAGCUGCCUUCACAUCCUUAUUAUGUUGGUGUCCAGUUCCAUCCAGAGUUCAAAUCUAGACCUGGAAAACCCUCUGCUGUUUUUGUAGGUUUAAUAGCUGCUUCGUGUGGGCAACUGGAUGUGCACCUAAAAUCUAAGGGAGACAACAAUUUGCCUCAAACAAAGCAGAAUACAAGAAAUGGUUUUCCUGCAAAGGUUUGCCAGAACGGACACGCGAAGAACUUGCCAAAUGGAGCGUAUUAUGCAAACGGCAAUGGCGUGCACGCUUAAUUUCAUUCAGCUGAUCUCAGUAGUUUGGUUUUUAGGAUUCAUUAUGUGGUUUCGUAUAUACACAAUUUGAUUGGUUUUAAAGUUUCUGUUCCAGGAUAUAGCAGCAGCUAAUAGCCAUUGCUGGCAAUCGAGCUUGUUCCAGGGUUUUUUAGCAAGGGACGGCCAAUUUUAUUUUUGGCGCAGACAGAUAUUGAUGUUGUGAUACUACUUUUUUUUUUUUUUUUAAUGAUAGUUUUUUGAACUCUUCUUCCAUUUUUAUUUAGUAGUUGAUGUUUUUUUGUUUUUUUUUUCCCUGUAAAUUAAGUCUAGUUGCCAAGUUAUAUGUAAGGAUUGUUAGCUUCAAUUUA